AUGGACAAGCGCGACUUCCACCUGCUGUCGCUGUAUGAAUUCAAGCUCGGACACGAAUCAGCCGACGCCACCCGCAAUCUGCGCCGAUCAUUCGGAGCCGAUGCACCGGACGAGAGGACGGUGCGAGAGUGGUUUACGAGAUUUCUAGCCGGUGAUGAGGACGUUGAAGAUGUUAAGCGCAUUCCAAGGUCUUCCAGUUCGGGUUCUGUUCCCGAAAGAUUGGAUGAUUUUGUGAAAAAGCUAAUGGAGCCUCAGCAGGGGAAAUCCUGGUCAGAUGUGGUGAAGGAGGCCGGAAUGAUGUACACGUCUAUGUGGAAUAAUUCGCUAUCUAAGCGGAGGAAAACCGAACCGGCUGGGUCGGAAUGGGUGAAGAAAGAACCAUCGGUAUCUAACCAAGAAUCACAGGAGCUAACGGAGCGAUACCUGAGACGCGCAGAACAAAUUCACUUAAAAGAUGUGCAGAUUUUCCUUAUUGACGAGGAAAGUAGAGCACUUGCAGAUGUUGUUUAG